AUGGGAAGAGAUCCAUCGAUAACGCUUAAGACUCAGGAUAUCUUCACAGAGCCGCCCUUAUCCCUCGUUGCUGCCACUGCCUAUAACCAACACCAUCAGCCUGGAACGUCUUAUGCGUUGACAAUUCAAACGUGCGUUGACUUGUACACUUAUGUUCAAUCGUUGAGGGAGAGACUCAGGACCACCUGGGAUCUCGAUAGCCUCAUUGACAUGUCCCAUGAAAUGCUACGCUGUUGGGACAUUGUCAUUGCACUACGCGCUCACUACCUCAACGAUUCAGCAGCAACAACAGUAUCUAUUGAAGCAAUGUCUUACUACCUUCACUAUCUCUUCUCUUUGCUGGAAGAAUAA